CAGAAAGCAAUAGAUCAGGUUUUAAUAAAAUAGAUUUUAUAUUUGUUAUCUAUAAUUAAUGUGUAAUGAAUGUUUUGUUUUGAUGUUUAUUGUUUUCAUCUGCUUAAGAUUAAUUUGUAACACUCAAAAGCAUUUAGACAAAGUGACAGCACAUCAAUUAAAUGUCAAUUGUCAGUGUCUUCUCAAUUUUUAACAAAUAAAAACAGAACAUAUGAAUUUUGUUAAGUAAAAUUUCGGAUUAAAUCCCCAUUUUGAUCCUAAUUUAUUUUUAAUUUAAAAAAAGAUGUCGAAUAUAAUUCCUCCCUUGUUAAGUAACUCUCCCCCGCCUCCACCACCUUUAGAUGAUGAUGAGGACGACGAUGAGUUUGGAGAUUUUGCGGGGCAUAAUGAUUUGUCUUAUGGCUGUGACAAUCUUUCAUUGCCAUCUUCUCCUGUUAACAUCUCUGAUAAACCUUUUGAUGAUAUGGGCCUUAGCAACAAAUUAGAUAUUAAUAGCAACAGCAAAGAAAAUGUAAAUACUAAUUUGGAAGAACCAAUAGAAAGAGAAAAAGAUUUUCAUGACAGAAGAAAACCGUGUGGGGACAUCACUAUAAUGACAAAAGAUAAGGUUACAAUAUCAACGGCACCAAAUAUUUGCAUUGGUGCCGACAAUGUUGCAGUGCCAGAUAAAGAAAUUGUACAUGGAAGCAAUGAGUUGUUAAAUACUAGCACAUCUGCAAAUUCAGAGCUUUUAUAUGUUAAUUCUAAUUUGUUAGAAAAAAGUACUUCUCAGUUGGAAAAUGAAGUCAGGGAUGUGGAAAAUGAAUUGUCAGCUAAUGAUAUAAGCAGUUUUAAACCAACUGGCAAUACAAUUAUUCACGACACUCCAUGUAAAGCAUUCGGCUCCACCAAUGCUGAUGAAUUGGUGGAAUCGAAUAAAGUAUCUGAUUCAGAUAAUGAUUAUUUGGAGUCAAAUUGUAAAAACAAUGAAACAUCUCCUAUGAGUAGACAUCAGGAAGGUAAUUUGCAAAGCACAGAUUUGGAUCAAAAUCUGUCAAUGACUGAGGAAGUUAUGGAAGAUGAAUUUGGAGAUUUUGAAUUUUCUAAGAUUCAUAGUAAAAGUACUUCUAUCAAUUUCUUAAAUAACUUGAGUGUGAACGAGGAACAAGAAAUACCCGAAGAGAAAGAAAACACUGCUCAAAAUCUAAUGACUCCUAUCCAAAUAGCUACUGAAGUUGAUGAUGAUUUUGGUGAUUUUGCUAUUGGUAAUGUUACUAGGGUAGGAACUAGCCAUCAAUCUGUUAGUUUUGUUGAAGUUGCAUCCCAAAAUGAACCAGAAAGUAGUUUUGUCAAUUUUGAUGCCUUUGCAAAUUUCGAUAUGGAGGAUAAUGAUGACUUUGGAGACUUUGCGUCAACAGAUAUAUGUACCCCACAAGUGUCAUCAAUGGACGAUGAAUUCGCAGACUUUAAAAGCAGUAAUUCUUUAAAAAGCAUUGAGCAAGAAGGUUUUCUUUGGACUGUAGAUACUUCAAAUGUACUUCAAAAAACAGAAAUAUUGCUAAAAGAAGUUUUUGCGUAUAAUAAACCUGAUGUUGAAGAUUAUCGGUGUGUUGAUUUGGAGUCCAAAGACGUCAUAUUUAACCAACUAAAAGACAUUACCGACACAAAUGCAAUGACUUAUCAUUGGUCAAAAUCUACAAGCCAGAAUUUACUGCUGAAGGCCUUAAAUAUUGACACAAGGAAUAUUUUGUUUGGCCCAUCAUGGAACCCGUUGAUGCCUAGGUAUGCGGCAAAUUUAAGCCUGGCUCCUUUAGAACCGAUUAAAUCCAAUUCUCUUGCUCAAAACUUAAAUCCAGUAGUUGAAAAUAAUCCGUCCAACGCUAGUCAAUCAGUUAGCACCACUUUGGAGAUUCCCAUCGCCGAAUUUGAUUGGAGUGAUUCCGGAUUAACGAAUCCCCUGGACUAUUCCCAAACAGUACUGUUAGAUUUAGAGCAAUUAGUAUCACAGCUGGAAAUAGCAACCCACCAUGUUCCUUCCCCUUCAAUUUCCAUUUCCCCUUUACCUAGCUCGGAUGAAUGGGAUAUGUGGUUACCAGCGACGCUAGAUGGCGGUGGCGUUCAAAAGCAGCCGGAAGAUGGCGCGAGUAAAAAACCGGUACUCGGCGCAUUGCCGUGUGUACCCGGGGUUUUGGAUCCGCCCACAACGGCUACUACGCCAUCUUACGACAGUUCCGCGUGUCACAAGAUUAUUUUAAGGGAGACGCAUAUUUCGAAUAGCGAGCCGGUCGCGACUCAGCCCGAUAAAAAUAUCGCCGGUUGGCUUCAGCCCACGAUUCUAACCCCCGAGCCGUCGAGAAAAGGCGAACCCCUCACCGAUCAGAGCGACGACUUUGACGACUUUAAUAUGUUCGUUUCCGAGGAAAAAUCGACGGAACCGACGAAAGAGGCGCUUAAUAUCGAGAACCAGGUCGCUUUGGGCGAACCUUCGGAGCGGAUUUCCACGCAGAAAGCCGACGCGGAAGACACCAACGACGAGUUCAGCGAUUUUCACUUUUCUCUCCCUUCCAGGACGACGAUGGAACCUUUGAAACCGUCGUUGAUACAACCUCAGACCAACGCGCGGGCGCCACCUGCAAGCAUCAGCUGGCCGGACCCGGGCAUCACCGACGACGAUAUUCGAAACUUCGAGUUGAAUUAUUCCCGCGUGCGACCUAGUGCGGGAACGCCCACCGUCGCGAGAGACGAUGACGAAUGGUCCGACUUCGUCUCGGUGAAGAGCAGCGGAUCCCCGAUCCGCAAGAUCGCUACCGAAAGGGAGAGAAGUUCCACGCCCGACUUACCCCUGUCAGUAUUAAAUCUGGGCAAUGUCCACCCUGCGAAACAGCCGAUCCCGGUCAUCACGCCCAAGGGUUUGGUUCAGACCAAAUUGUCCAGCAAUAACGCGUUCAAUUUUAACUCGGUAUUGCAACAGAACGCGUUCCAUUCCCGUCACUAUACGAGCGCUCUGUAUAAGCAUUCGUCGGCGUCGAAUCAGCCGUCGAUCAUAAGCAAUCAGUUCGCGAGUCAAGUCUACGGGCCGCCAUUAGAAGACGAGUGGAGCGAUUUCGUGUCGCAUCAGUCGACGUUGCCCAGAAAAGCGGCCUCGUAUCAGCCCCAGUGGUCUACCGCACCCAAUAUUAUCACCAACCCGGGUAGUUUCGAUAGCUUUCAAGGUGGUAGUAGCGCGAAAAAAGUUGCCGACACUGUGAUACCUGCCAAGAGUAAAACCGCGUCGUUGAAUAUCCCGAUACCGGAAUUGGAGUUUGCCGCCCCCAAAAAUCGGACUUCUUUCUUCAAAUGACCAAGGGACGUCAUGUUGUGAGCCGGGGUAAUCGUUUUCGUUAGUUAGAUAUUGUUAAAACGCGGUACCGACUUUCUCUUUGUCUUUUUCAAGCUGCGAUACGGACGUAUUAGAAAAAAAAGCCGACGAUUAUGUUGAUAAUAGGGUUUCAUUUUAAUUUAUGUUCAAAGUAGACGUAUAAUGGUGACCUGUUUAUUAUGGGAUGAUACCAUAUCACAGAAAAUAUCAAAAUUCACGUAUACUUUUCAAAUAUUAUAGUCUGUACUGUUUUAUUUUAUAUUCGUAGCAGUAAAGUACACAUAUUAUUAAAGUAUUAUUUAUUAAUUAUUGUGCAUAACAACUAAAACAUUACUACUCAUUCCUGGCGUGCUCGGAAAUCGUGUUCUUAUGUUUUCUUGUCGGAUGUGGCGUCGUUGGGGGGCAACGUCACUUCGUGGGAAGCGCCAUCUAUUACUUGAUUAUUAAACUAAUAGAAAUGGUCUAAGGAACCCUAUAUGACACAUGUACGAUUUGUGAUGGCAUAGUCGGCAAUAGAGACAGAAUCAGUUGUACUUUACAUGUAUUAAUUUAGCUAGUACGCCCAUACCCAGAUAUGGAUUCAUAUAUUUUCUGUGUAUUCAUAGAUUAGGGCGUUUCUUAAUGAGGUGCGAAUAUUUAAGUUAAUACCAACAAUUUGCCAAGAGUAAAUAUAUUGCAGUGCAAUAUUGCUUAUAAAAGUAAUUUUAUAUUAUUAAAAGAAGCACAGUUCACAAAAAAAGAUAAUUUCGUAGUUCUAUGUAACAAAUAUAAGCAAUUAAAAAUUGUAAAAUUUGAAUUCUGUUUGAGACGCGCUGUCAUUGGGUAUGAUCGGUUGUGACGUCAAUUCGCUCCUUAGACUACGCGCCAGCCCGACGGUAGCAUAGAGAACGUAGAGAACGACGGCGCGUAACGACGGCUUUUACUUUAUGGUAGACGAAUAAAAAAUUUAUCUGGCGUUUUACUAGUUGUACUCAAACGCGAUGGUACGAUUUGUGGUAUUGUUUUUGUGUCGCUUCCAUUAUUAUUAUGUAAAGCAUACUAAGCACAUAUACAAACUGGCGUAGAUGCAGCGGUAUGACGUCACGAUCAUUUCCGCGCGUUUAGUGUUAUUUAACAGGCAUAGCCGGGUGACACAACUUGAAUUAUUUAUUGCAACUAAAAUGUUGGGUUUUGAGUUUUGAUAUUUGGUACGCGUUAUUCCUAUACUUCCUAUAAUGUAUUAAAGAAAAAAAUGUUCAAGUUCCGUUUUAUAUAGCAUAAACAAUUGUUAGGAGGCAAUCUUAAAACUUGAUUCAUUUCGGCAAUUAUUUCGUCUGUACCAUACGGCAAGUUUGUUAAUCUGCUUCUUACGCAACCAAUUAAUAAUUUCUUCUUUUCUUGUCUUCACGCAGUCUGGAUUAUCGUGCAUUAUCCAUAAUAAUUAAAGAUGGCCUUUUAAAAAUGCGACCCUGUUUUGUAGUUGAAAUUAUUGUAAUUAUCCGGUACAUGUUUAUAAUAAUAUAUAAUGUCUAAUGUUUGACCUAAUACAUAAAAACAAAAUUACAGUAGGACGCCAUUUUAAGCAUGUUUUGUAAAUGAUAAGAAAGAUAUGCAUACAUGCAUACGAAUUUUGAAACCAUAGUUUAAAUUACAAAAAUAAAUAAUACUUUAUUAAAUGUUCGAAAUAAAGUAAUUCUUAACAUUAUACGAAGUUUCUGGGUGAAUUACGUUGCAAACAUUUCGAAUUCUGCUUUUUCAAAUCUUCAACCGAAUUUGGUUCAGUAACAUAAAUUUUGCUUUUUAGAUAUUGUCAAAGAAAAAAGUCCAGGUUAGCGCGACCGAGCUGGCCAUUCAAUAGGGACUCGUCUUCUAAUCCACCUGUUAGGAAAAGUAUCAUUUGUAGUAUUGUCUCGCAAAAACUGACUAAUCAAAUGUUUUCAAAAUUGGUAUUGCAAAUAUAACGUGAAAACAUCUUUCAGAAGAGAUAUCACGUGACCUCUCUUACCAUUGUAAGGCGGGCACCGUAAGUCGAAAAAAUAGUUAGAUGUGUUUAGUCUUAUAAACGUCAUUUUUGACAUAAAAUUAAAACUAUGUCAGAAACGGAAAAGUUUAGGUAUGAAUUAUGUCUUGGAUGUUUCAAAUCCAUAUUAAAAUAAGAAAGUCGUCAUUUGCACACGAAAAUACAAAAAAAGCAUUUAUUUUUUAUAUUUUGUGAGAACAAGUAUCAUCCCAUAAUAAACGGGCCGCCCUGUACAACAAAUUGCCUUUGUUUGUUUCACUUCUCGAAGUUUGUUUGGGAAAAAUCAGGAAAUCUAAUUAUAAGACCGAAAAUUGAAAUCCGGAAAACGGAUCAGUAUUUGUUUUAACUUUAGACUACUUAUGUAUUAUAAUUGUUAUUUAAUGUAAAAUUUAUUAUUACAUUUAACCUAACGUGGAGUAUUUCUAAUCUAAUCAUUUUCACAUCCGCGAAUUGUAUGAGAUUUCGUUUACACGCGAAUUGUAUUCUUUUACUAAUUAUUUAUUUUAAUUAAUGAGUUUCGCGUUUGUCUACAAAUUUUAUAAACGCGGACGCUAAUAAUAAGUUGCGUCAUGUAAGAAAAUUAUUUAUAAGGUAAUCCAUAAAGUGAUAUUACUUUUAGUAGCAGUUGUGGGUUUCGGUUUAGUUAAAUAGUCCGUUUAAAUUGUGAUGUUUUGCAAAUACUAGUUGUAUUUAUUUGUAUUUCUUGUUUAAUUUGAAUAGUCGAAGGAUUCUAGUAAUUUUAGUUAAAUUGGAAAAGCGAAAAGAAAGACUUAAUUUGAUUGAAGAGGUAGAAAAAAUGUUCAGCGUCAUUCCAUCCAAAAUGUUGUGAGUCGUAACUAUAAUUGUUUAGUUAUAUUUUGUGCAUACUUCAUUAUGAAAUGGCAGUAUUUUUACGGUUGUCACUAAUAAAACGAAAGGUGUAGUAACGAUCAACCCUUAAACGAGCCUAAUCGUAAAGCGUGGGUGAUUAUUUUUUGAUUUUUAUCUCAUCCGACCACUGAAUUUGUCUACUUAAUUUUCUUUGUUAUAUUUUUAUAUAUUAUUUCUAAAGUUUGUAAAUUUGAAGGUCUGUAAAUAAAUGGACAGGUGCGCGGUUAAAUUCGUUUGUUGUUAUUUUCAUUCCGAAAU